CCACAUCUACUAAAGAGAGUGCUACACUGCUGGCUUUAAAACAACUUACUAGAGGACAAGUUGAUCAUAGGAAUUUAAGAAGAUAACUGCACUCGGACCACUCUACCAAGGACGCACUAGAUGCAGACGGAGCGUGCAAAGAGGAUGGACUCUGCAGGAGAAGAAGCGUCCCUGAAUUCACCUGAGCUGCCCUGGAACCAGCUCUAUUUGAAGAGAAGGACCGAGUCCAGGAUCCAGUUAAGGAGGAGAGUGUGCUUCACUGGCCCUGCUGCUGCUGCUGUUACCGGGGUAUUGACAAUCCUCAUACUGGCUGCUGGCAGGGUCAGCGGCGAGAGCGAGUUUGUGAAAGUCUCGAGCUCAGUGAAGUGUACUGCGGGGCAGGACUGUAUCCUGAGCUGCACCUUCAACUACACAGCUGGAGGCUGGGAUGAGAAGUCAGGUGUGAUCUGGAGACAAGCAGAAAUAUACCACAUCGUUCACAGGAUCCGCAACAACACAGACCAGCUUGCCGAUCAGUCCCCUCUGUAUGUGAGCAGGACUAGCCUGUUUGAUUCUGAGCUGCAGCACGGGAACGCUUCACUGCUGCUGAGGAGAGUCAGGGAGGAAGAUGCUGGAGAAUACAAGUGCUCUGUUUACACUCCCAGACUGUCCGGGUCGGGCCUGACUGAGGUAGUCGUGGUUUCGGCUCCACCCACAACAGCACCAGCUCAUGUGACAGUCCCGAGCUCUGACCGACACGCCUGGUGGGGUUUAGGAGCAGUUCUUCUUUGUCUGAUUGCAGGGCUCGGUGUCGGUCUGCGGCUCUAUAAAAAACACGGAGGUUGCUGCUGGAUGUCCAAGAAGGCUUCUAGUCCAGCACAGGCAGUGCCGUUAUCAGACGUGAUCUAGGAGCCCAGUGAAG